GUUGUUCGUAAAAAUAUUAUCAUUCAGCAAUUACUUAAAUCUCUGCACUUAAUUAUUUCAAUUUUUUAAUGAUCCUUUCCUAAAUUUUGUGGUCUUUUUGUUAAUUGAAUCCGAUUAUCUCACAAAUUUAUGAAGGAUUCCAUAUCGCAUCUUGAAACGGAGAUAUUGAUAGUUGUUAGUCAUGCACCGCAUCGCUGUUCAUCUGCGCAGUGCGCUCACGCAAGCACAACAUCUGCCCAUCGUUCCACUUCAUCAUCCAAGGUUAGCCAGCCACGUCCUGCCAGUAGUUCGUCUCAGUAGUGUCACGUCGGAGCCUCACCCCCUCACACGUCUCAGUGCCGCAGCGUCGGAACAUGUGACGUGUUGCUCUUUAAUAAGUCACCACGUCACGACGCCCGUACGACGAUGCUCCGAUCUUCGGGCUAAGUUCUCCCACGAAGUGAAACUUGCACGCGUCUCCAGCCUUCCCGAGCAAAAGAUGCUAGAGGUGGAGUGGGCAGAAGGAGGACGCAGCAUCUACCCCUGGCUGUGGUUGCGGGACAACUGCCAGUGCGACCAGUGCUUCCACCCCGUGUCUCUUAGCAGAACGUCCUUUCUUCAAGAUCUUGACCUCAAUGUUGCACCCAAAAGUUUCGAGUUAACAGAGGACGGGUUCACGCUCUCGAUACACUGGACAGACGGACACAGUUCCCGCCACGAGGCGCCGUGGCUGCACGUGAGAGCUUUCCAGGCGGAGCAGCGGCGCGCGCGCGAUCUGGUGCACAAAAUACCGCGCAAGUUUUGGCCACCGCAGCUGCCGGAAGCGAACUGGGAAGAGGUAAUGCAGAGCGACGCAUCGCUGCUGCAGUGGCUGCUGCUGCUGGAGACCUACGGGCUGGUGGUGAUGAAGAGCGCCCCCCAGCAGCAGGGGCGGAUCAGGGAGCUGGCUGAACGCGUCGCAUUCGUCAAAAGGACACACUAUGGGGAAGACUUCUCAGUUAUCGUAAAGCCUGAUCCCAGCAACGUGGCUUAUUCCAACAAAACUCUGGCACUUCAUCUCGACCUUCCUUAUUACUUCUAUAAACCCGGGGUUCAGUUCAUACACUUCGUACGGCAGCACGAAGGCGUUGGUGGUGAAUCACAAGUGAGCGAUGCGCUAGAAGUCGCGCACACGUUGAGGGAAGAACAUCCGCAGCACUUCCGUCUGUUGUCGUCAGUGCCGGUAGACUGGGUCGACCACGCCAACGAAGACGGCAGGCAGUACUUCAAGGCACUGAAAAUGCCCGUCAUCUGCUUGGAGUCUGAUGGCGAGACCAUCUGGCGUAUCAACUUCAGUCAGCCGCAGCGCGACUCCUACUUCAGCGCCUGCCCUGUGGAGGACGUACACGCCUGGUAUGCUGCUCUCAAGGCCUUCCAUGAUCUCCUCUACGACCCCCGCUUCUGUAGGACCUUCAAGAUGCCUCCUGGCACGGUGCUGACUUUGGACAACCUGCGCGUGACGCAUGGACGUAUGGGCUUCCCAGACUCUGACGACGUUCACAGGCACGUCGACGGUUGCUACGUCGACUGGGACGAAGUGCGCUCCCGCAGACGAGUCCUGGCUGAUACCCUCGGCGCGGACAUUACGCAGGGACUUUAGAUGACAAUGUUGGCGCUUGCAGCAAGU